AUGGCCACGCUGAAUGAAAUCCUGGCUCUCUUUGGCCCACAAAUGACCCACCGGGAGAAGCUGGAGCUUGUCGCCAUACAGAAAGUAUGGUACUUUGCGCUCAGCAACAGAUCCCGGGGACACAACAACGAUGGAUACGACGACCACGAACAUCAUUACAUUCCGGUCCACCAUGAGCACCUCCACUACCGCUAUGAAGUGCUGAAGAAGAUUGGGGAUGGAGGUCAAGGCCAGGUGAUCCGGUGCCUUGACCACAAGAUGAACACCCUGGUGGCAGUGAAGAUCUUGAGAUCACCAUUGAGCUCCAAGGAUGAUAAAUUUCAGAGAAAGGAGCUCCAGAUGGCUCUGGAACUUCAGGGCGAGGGCAGUGAUGAGGAGUACAACGUCAUCAAAGUCCUGAACCAUUUUGACUUCAGAGGACACCACUGCAUUGUCCUGGAGCUGUUGAAGGAGAGCCUCUAUGAUGUGAUUACGGAAGCGGGGCUCCGGAAAUUGCACAUGGGGAUGGUGAAAACUUACACCAGGGGCAUCCUCAAGUUCCUUUGCCACACCAAGGCCAGGAGCAUCAUCCAUGCGGACAUCAAGCCAGAAAAUGUUCUACUCAAGGAUACCGUGGCUGGCACCAUCAGGGUCACGGACUUUGGCACCAGCUUUUUUGUGAAAAGGCAACUGGCGGAGUUGGCGACCGGCAGGGAAUUAUUCCAUUCGGACAGCCGCGACGACCACCUCCCGUGCUGCAUGGAGAUCCUCGGGUUGCCUCCAAGAUGCAUGAUGGAUGCAGCUCCUGACGGAAUGCACUACUUUGAUCGUUUGGGCAUGAUGUUCUCCCCAGUCAAGAGAAGGGUGCCAGGGAGCUUAUCACUUCACGGGGCACUCAAAAGCCACGACCCGGAGUUUGUUGACUUUGUCAGCUCCUGCCUGCGAUGGGAUCCGGAUUGUCGCAUGACGCCAGCGCAGGCGCUGGGUCACAGCUGGCUCCGGACCGUGGCCACCAGCACCACCAGCAACGCCACCGCCACCACCAUUGCUGCUCCUGGCAGUGUACAGUGUUUUGGAGCUGCUGAGCGACGAGCGGAGCCGGCGCUGCCCCCAUCCUCCGCGCUUGCCCUGGCCUCUAAAUGGAAGCUGACGGUUGUGGUGGAAGAGGAGACCCUGGUAGAGGAGCUCGUGGUGCAGGGAGAGGAGACCCUGGUGGAGGAGCUGGUGAAGGUUAAGGGUUUAGACAGUUAA